AUGAUACUAUAUUCAAAUACUGAAACAUCAUCAAAAGCAGCUCAGUUACUUUCAGCUAUUCAAACAUCGGAAUUCAAUGUAAGUCUUAUUAUUAUUUAUAAAAUAUUUCAAUAUACAAAAAAUCUUUGCACAUAUUUACAAAAACAAAACAUAGAUUUAUUUCAAGCUUUAAAUCAUGUAGAUAUAAUAAUUUCUCAACUCCAAAGUAUAAGAAGUAAUUGUGAUGUAGAAUUUCAUAAGUAUUUUGAAGAAUUAACAGAAAGAUCAAAGAAAAUUGAUUUUGAAAUUGACAUUCCUAGAAUGGUCAAACGACAAAAGCAUCGAUCAAACUAUCAUACAGAUAAUCCUGAAAAAUAUUUUAAAAUAAGUGUAUUCCUUCCAUUUCUGGACAAUUUAGUGCAACAAUUAAAUGACCGAUUUAUAAACCACAAAACUAUUAUAGCUGGCUUUUAUUUUCUCAUUUCUAACAAAAAUUAUAAUCAACAAGCUAUCAAAGAUUUAAGUGAGUUUUAUUCUGAUGAUAUUGAUCGAGAAGUUAUUGAAACAGGGGUGAAGUUAUGGCAUACACAUUUGGAAAAACUAAGCAUAAAAAGUGUUCUUGACGCUCUUGAUAACUGCAAUGAAGACCUAUUUCCAAAUGUUUUUUAA